CUCCCCCUCAAAGGAAAGACCGGGAAAAUCAAAAAAGAAAAAAAAGAGAGCGGCUCGGUUCGAGAUCAGCGCUUGUCUAUCAUUCCUUGGAAUCACACCGUGCCAUCGUUGAUUGUUCAUAUCCAUCGGAAAUAGCCACGUCAAAAAGAAAAAAAAAUACUUGAGGCUACGGAGGUUUCCCGUGCACACCCACCUUCGGCUUGAUAUCGAAUUCCCCGUCAAGCCACGGCUCUGCAUCAUCCUCGGGUGGGAAACAACGACAAACAACUGUCGAGGCGGUUUUCCACCAAGUAAAAUCUCGUAUUAGACUGUCUGGCGCAGGGGUUCUCUAUCGCUUUGAGGCUGAGACCUAGUUCCUUCUACCUCCCAUCGACGAGUGGUUCUCAGUCUACCGCAGGAAUUUUUCCUUUUUGUUUCUGGCCAGGCGAUCACAGUCUAGCUCGUUCGCCAUGCAUACGCUAAAAGCUACGGCCUCGUCCUCGCUCUCCCUGGCGGAGGGUAGUUACAUCUAUUCCCUUGAGGCGUCAUCCCCGGGUCUAUUUGCCGCCAUUUCGUCCGAUGACUCUCUCCGCACCUUCGACGCUGCUAGUCUCAACCAUGUGUCUCUAGUGGCUACCGACAUCCACGAGGGAGUUACGUCGUUGAAGUCCUACGAUGACAAGCAGCAGUUACUAGCCACGGGGGGCAGAGAUGGAAAAGUGAAGCUGUGGGAUUUACGACAGGGCAAGAAUGCCGCCGUGGUUGGGAUGGAGACAUCAAACCAAGCCCCGGUUUUGUCCAUCGCCUGCUGUGCCGCAACUAACAGUCUCGUUGCUGGUACCGAGCUAGCUUCAUCCCAGGCAGUCGUUGCAUUCUGGGAUGUCAGAUCACCCGGACAGUACCAACUCCAGUAUGUUGAGAGCCACAAUGACGACGUAACUGAGCUUCAAUACCAUCCCACGCAGAAGAAUCUCCUGCUGUCCGGAAGCACGGACGGUCUGGUGAACAUUUACAACACCACCAUCGCCGAUGAGGACGAUGCCCUGGUUCAGGUCAUCAACCAUGGCUCCGUGCACCACGCCGGCUUUCUUACCGAGCGGGCGAUCUACGCGCUCAGCCACGACGAGGUCUUCUCGAUCCACCCGGCCACGGACCCGGAUGAGCAGGCGCAGGAGCCCGAUCCCGUGCAGUUUGGGAACUUGAGAGAACCGCUUGGCUGCGAGUAUAUCGCGCAGCUGUGCAUUGGCAGCCAGGGUCAGUACAUCGCUGCUGGCAAUACCAGCGAACAACGCCUGGACUUGGUUCCUCUGUCGGCCAACCCGUCGUGGCAGUUCGACCGCGAGAACCUGUGGCGUCUCCCGGGUGGUCACGGCGAGGAGAUUGUCCGUUCUGUGUAUGUGGAUGAACAGUCCCAAUCGGUAUUCACCUGCGGGGAAGAUGGAGUGGUGCGCGCCUGGAAGCCGGAAGCCGAGGGAAUGGACGCAGGGGAUGCUUCGGCCAAGGCGUCACGGCCUAGAGGAAAGAAGGGGAAGGACAAGGGACGGUUCAAUCCGUAUUAGAUUAGAUGGUAGUGUUAGGUUAUUUCUAGGAAGUUCGUGGUAUAAACUCAUGUUUCUACGGCUAUCGGAGACUAGAA